UCCCCUGGGAGACUAUCAGUGCAGCAUUUUAGUCUGUUUUGAAAUUCUUUUCUUUGGAAGUGAUAUUUUUCUUCCUUAAUAGCAAACAGAGAUGCUGCUAUUCCUGUGGCUUGCGCUCCGGGGGCCGAGGACAACAGCGGCAUCGCUCCGCGGGUGAAAAUGCACACUGAUGAUGGAGCGUCUGGGAACGUGUCUUCCCUGGUCUGCGAAACGCACACAACUUGAAUGACAGCGACUUCUUCUCUACAGGUUUUCCUUGAGGGAACGUCCCCUCGCGGUCCUUUGGUUUUCUUUGGAAAAUCAACGAGGGGCUCGGCCGCAAAGGGGAGAGGGACCAAGAGCUGCCAAGAGGCGGGCGCGGCGAUCCCGGGGAGCGUUUGCAGGCACCGGGGGUUCCAGCCCCUGCCGUGCGCGUCGCCGCGGACCGGCUCUGCGGGUCGGACCGGGCGGCGGCGACACAGAAGUGCGUCGAGCCCCGAAGGUGCGGAUGGGCGUGAGCCGGCUGUGAGCCGCAGCAGCAACAGCGGGCCGGGGACCGCUUGCAGCUGAGUGCACUCCUGCACAGGGCCAGGGCGCUCCGCGAGGAGCCAGCGCCAGGCCCAAAAGCGACGUCUGGACCGGGGCGGAGGCACCACGUGGAGAGCACCAGCUGCGGCCAGAUGUGCCAGACACCCGCUGCAAGGCAGGCCCUGGCGAGCGGCUCUUUCUUGCUGUCAGACCGCGCUCAUCUUCCCAACUCGCGGUCUGUGUGUUCCUAAAGGAAGCCCCGGCCCCUCGGCCCGCGCAGAGGUCCUGGAGACAGCGGCCGACGCCGGGGCUCCAGUAAGAUUGUGCUAGUCAAAACGCCUCGGCAGGAAGUUUGUCCCCGUCCGCGCGCCGUGCCGCGCAGCACCGGUGGUGUGUAAAGGGCGCGCGGCGGAGAUGGGCGAGACCAUGUCAAAGAGACUGAAGUUACAUCUGGGUGGGGAGGUAGAAAUGGAAGAGCGGGCGUUUACCAAUCCGUUCCUGGACUACGAGGCCGCCGCCUCCGCGGCAUUAGCCGCCGGAGCUGCCGAGGAGAGUGGGAGCGUUCGAUCCCUACCCACCAAAGACGAGGUUGGCCUCCCUUUUCACAACGAUGGCAAGAUUGUUCAAAGUUUCACAAGACGGAUCCAGACCAAAAUCAAAGACCUUUUACAGCAAAUGGAAGAAGGGUUGAAGACAGCUGAUCCCCAUGACUGCUCUGCUUAUACCGGUUGGACAGGCAUAGCCCUUUUGUACCUGCAGUUAUACCGGGUCACAGGUGAUCAGACCUAUCUGCUGCGCUCCCUGGACUAUGUGAAGAGAACACUCCGGAAUCUGAAUGGCCGCAGGGUCACCUUCCUCUGUGGAGAUGCUGGGCCCCUUGCUGUAGGAGCUGUGGUAUAUCAUAAACUCAAGAGUCAUUGUGAGUCCCAGGAAUACAUCACCAAACUUUUGCAGCUCCAGAGAACCAUCGUGUGCCAAGAUUCAGACCUUCCUGAUGAGCUGCUCUAUGGACGGGCAGGUUAUCUGUAUGCUUUACUGUACCUGAACACAGAGAUUGGGCCAGGCACCGUGUGUGAGUCAGCUAUUGAAGAGGUAGUCCAGGCUAUUAUUGAAUCGGGUAAGACUCUAUCGAGGGAAGAGAGAAAAACUGAGCGCUGUCCCCUGUUAUAUCAGUGGCACAGAAAGCAAUAUGUUGGAGCAGCCCAUGGUAUGGCUGGAAUCUACUACAUGUUAAUGCAGCCAGCAGCAAAAGUGGACCCAGAAACCUUGACAGAAAUGGUGAAACCUAGUAUUGAUUAUGUGCGCCAUAAAAAAUUCCGAUCUGGAAAUUAUCCGUCAUCAUUAAGCAAUGAAACAGAUAGAUUGGUCCAUUGGUGCCAUGGUGCCCCAGGAGUUAUCCAUAUGCUCAUGCAAGCAUACAAGGUUUUUAAGGAGGAGAAAUACUUGAAAGAUGCCAUGGAGUGCAGUGAUGUGAUUUGGCAGCGAGGUUUGCUGCGGAAGGGCUAUGGGAUCUGCCACGGGACUGCCGGAAAUGGCUACUCUUUUCUCUCUCUUUACCAUCUCACGCAGGAUAAAAAGUACCUCUACAGAGCUUGCAAGUUUGCAGAAUGGUGUCUAGACUAUGGAGCACAUGGGUGCCGCAUUCCUGACAGACCCUAUUCUCUUUUUGAAGGCAUGGCUGGCGCUAUUCACUUUCUCUCCGACAUCCUGGUACCAGAGACAUCACAGUUUCCAGCAUUUGAACUUGGCUCGGCACAGAAGGCUAAAAAGGUGCAAAAAGACAACUAAAAUACCCAUUUGGACCAAAAGCCACCAGAUUGCUUAGUGCCUGACACAGAAUUAACUGUGCAUCCUGAAAGAAAAGAUCAAAAGCAAACACCUUCACAGGCCCCUUUGGUUCCAAAGACCCUCAAGUUAGAGCAUGAGUGGCAGAAGCAUCCCAUCAGCAUUUGUAACAGCGUUUCCCUCACAGGUGUAAAAUAUGAAUUCUUUACAUCCAGGCUCUCUGUAGUGUGUGCAUGUUCCUCAGUGUUGUCUGUAGGUGUAUGUUGUCCUAAGUAGAAGGCCCCUCUCUUCACAUGAUUCCAGAUUAGACCAUGCAGGAGUGUAAGUGCAGCAGCCACCCUUGUGUAAAUAAUAUAUAGAAUAGGGCACCUUCUACAUUUACAAACUAGGGACCAGUCAGCUGAAGUCUCUCUGAUGUGUCAGAAAGAUUAUCCACAGCGAUAUCCUAGUAAUUAUCCUGUUUCAGCAUUUGCCACCAGUAACUUUCAGAUAAGUACGAAGGAAAGACCCCUCCAAAAACGGAAAAGAAGCAGAACAGAUAAGAGAUGGUUUUCUGGAACGCUUGGAGGAAUGAGCCCUUCCACAGUGCAGCUGCUUGUGUCCUCUUUGGGUUUAGGGCUCACCUUAUGUUUUUAAGAAACUAGAGGGGGUGAACUGCAGCUCCAUCAGGACUUAUUUUUAGCAGAGGUUUCAGGCACUUUAUGUAGAUUUUGCAAGGCUCAUUGCAAUCCAGGGCAGUUAGUGCUGCGGUGAAUGGACUGUAUGAAGUCAGGGGUAGCAUUUAAUAUGCAUAACAUUCCUAAUGACCCCCGUGAAUAACAAGUAGCAGCAACUAAGUGGUGUCAAUUCUAGAACAUUUACCCAGGUAUGUAUUAUUAAGAGACUCCACCCCAGUUUAUCAACCUUAUAACUUAUUGUGAAAAGAAUAGUGGGUACAAUGUCAGAUAUCUAACAAACAGAAAGAUAUUAAACUGGAUCCAUGUUCUUGCAGUUAAACUUACUUUAAAAACCUGGAAAGUCAUCCAAGUAUAAAUUUGGCAUGAAUAAAGUCCUUAUUUUUUGUCCACUGUUUGGAUGAUAAAAUCUCACAUUUGAUGAGAUACGUUAACAUAAAAGAACUAGUCUGCUUUUAUAUGUAUGGGAAACAUAAAGUUCUAGUCAAGGAAAUUAUGGUAUUAUUUGUCUGGCUUUUGUUAAUUAAAACAUUGUGGGCAUUAAUUUGGACUAGCAUACCCUCUACAAUCUUAUCCUGCAAAUUUCAGUUUUUAGAAGUGUUUUUGUCAUCAUGGCACCUCCCAGGUGGUCUAAGACUGAAAGAACUCCUCAUCUGGCGAGCCAAGGCAUGUGCCGUAAAAGACAAGAUAGGGCUUUCUUAUGGUCUAGUCCUGGUCCACAGGGGACUAGCUAAACAUUUUACUAGUCCCAGUUUCCACUCCUUUCAUAAAGGAGAAAUAAGAAUAUCCAUUUAGAAGAAAAAUCUCCUUCAUGCCCUUUGCAGUUCUUCAGGUAUUGCAGAGCCUUAUGUGUGCGGCUGACUCACAGAACAUGGGGCCGUUAAUUCCUAGAUGGUCUCUCCUGGUUGCAAACACUACUGUUUCUAAGUCAUGAUUAUUUUCUUUCAAGUCAGGUUGGUGACUUCUGAGGGUUUACUCCCUUGUGACCUCCAGCCUGGUCCUGGGCUCCCGGGGCACUCCAGCACCCCAUUGUCUGGAGGUGGGGCAUGCUGUGACAAACGAGCCAAUUCACUAUCAUGUGAUAUCAAAGUUCCUCCAGAACUUUCCAUCUGGAAAGCAUUCCCCAUCCUCCCCAUCCACCUUACCAAAUGCAGCUCAAAAACAACUUUCGGAGCUUCCUAACCUGGCCCUGCCUGCCUCAUCAACAGCAACCCUUACGGCUCCAGCUGACAGCACUGCCCAGGCUGGGUCAUUCCUCAGUAGGAGCUGCACAUGGAAUCACCCCAAAGCCCCCAUCGCAGCCUCUCUCAGCAAGGAAGAGGCAACUUGUGAAAGCCCUGAUUCUGGCCAAGCAUCUCCAGAGCAGCAGCAGAGGGGGCUGCUCAGUUAUUUCAACGCCUAGCCAGGUGGGUUCUCUCAUGUGCUUGUUUGAGAGAUGCUUACAGGCUUUCCGUCUGACACAUUGAGGUGAAAAGAAGAUACUUGUGGAGUAUACAGUCAAAAGCUGGAUGUUGCUCCAAAUGGCCAGGUUUCUGUUAAUGGAGAUUUUAUUUACAGAGUUGUUUAAGAAGUCAGCUGGGUUGGGUUGACACCUUCCUACUUCUCCGCUAGCUCUUAAACUGCUAUGCAGUCCUGUGAUUCUUUAUCCCACUUCCUCGCAUCUGAUACUUGGCCUGCUGCUUGACAGUAGUUAGGGCACUCAGUCCCUGAAGGCAGAGGAGAAAUGCUGGAACUUGAAAGGACAGAAGAUUUAAAGAAUUAAGUUCAACAGUUACAAGUGUUUGAAUUCAGAGUUUAGAGCAUUUCACAUUCAUUUCUUGGAUUUGCCCGUGCUACACUGUGUUCUCCAAAACGUGUCUACACUUUAAAAAUAUGUACAUGCCCAAUACCAUUUUGAAAUUUGAAGGGGAAAAGUUGAUGUCCACAAAAAGUGUUUGGGGUUCUUUGGUUUUGUUAGUAAAAGAUAGUUGUGUGGUGA